ACUCGCCUCUCGAUGCCAUUUAUGUACGUUUGCCUGUGUUUGGUUUUCUCAGUCAGAGGAAGUGGUGAACGUGUUUCCUGCCUUGUCUCCCCCCUCCAGAAACACACACACACAGUCAUAGCUGAAGUGAAUGCGGAGAGAGAGGAGGGGAAAGCAGAGCUCAAGCGAAAGAAGGUUAGCCAGCAGCGAGUUAAGAAAAUGGCGAUCAUGCAGGACGGAUGCCUCCCCUCGUAGAUGCUGCAAACGCGUUGAAAAUUAUUUUAGCCUUACAGCCGGCUUUCCUUUCCACUCUGUUGCACUUUAUACUUCAAUGAGAGAUUUGGAAUUGGAAGCUGUUGCCACCAAAGAAGCUGAAGCAUCUUAACAGGGAACAUACCCACAGAGGGAAGAACAGUGGAUGGAAGAGAGAGAGAGACGGAGAGUGUGACGAGGAAGGAGGAUAAGAAGAUACAGGUCUGGUCAAAAGUGCCAGAGCAUACCAAGUGAAGGCAGAGUCCUAAAUCUAAACCACAUCCCCCCCCUUCCCCCUCCCCACACAUACACCUGUACACACACACAAACGCUCACGCAUACAGUCCUCAGCAAUGCCAAGGGGGCCUGAUCAGCCUGCUGCCCGCUCUGACAAGCCCUGCUUCUUCACCUCAGACCCUUGAGGCUGUGUCCUCUGAGCUUUGACCUUUUGACCUCCGCUUUGUCGACCUGGGAACCAGAGGUCACCUGUUCUCCACUCAACCCGGGGACGCCCUCCUGCCCAUCCAGGAGCCGCAUCCACAAGCCCCACUCACAGGCAUGGCUCCCAUUCGGGAUUCCGUCAGCCACUCCCCUAAUCAAACAGGUCUGGAGCAUUCUGGCUUGGACUCUCAGUAUGAGCCUUCCCCCUGGUCCUCUGGCUCUCCCUGCAGCAGUGACAGCAACAGCAACUGGGGCAAAGUCCUAGUGGACGGAAGCACCGACAAACCCAACAACCCUUCUUCAACUAACUCUGUCUGGCCUCCCUCCUCCUCUUCAUUCUCUUGCUCUUCGUCUUCUUCCUCUUCUGGCUGUGGAUCAGGAUCAGACCCUGAGUUGGCGUCAGAAUGCAUGGACGCAGACUCUAGCUCCUCGAUCGGCUCAGAGAAAAACCUUGCUCCUGUGACAACAGUGAUGAUGAUGUCAGCAAAUGCUUCUUCCUCUGUGUCUUCUACGGCUUCUUCCCCCUCCUCCUCUAUGGUGACUUCUGCCAUGAUGGUCGGCAUUUCAGUGAAUGGGGACAGCAAUGGCAACAGUCGUCAGGUAAAUGGUGGAGGGAUGGGAACCAUCGGCGGUGCAAGUAAUGGAAAUAAUAACAUCACCGGGCCCUCCCACUACUCCGUGGCUGGGUCCAGCAGUAUUGGCAGCAAUAACAUGGGUAACCACAACAACAAGCCCAUCAAUAAUAGUAGUGUAUGGGGCACCCAGUCAGGCAGCAACAUGAUCACCACUGGCGGAAGCACCCCUUGCAUCAAUGGAGGGUUAAACCCAAACACUUUAAACCCAAAUGCCAACCACGGUGCCUGGCCCCAGAAUCCAACCCCAAGCCCAGUGUCCCAGGGCCAACGGCCUCCCCAGGCUCCAGGGAUGAGUUCCAAACUGGGUCUAGCUCCCCAACAGGCCCCCAUGCUGGGCUGGGGUAGCAUGGCAGCUCCAAACAACAGCAGUAUGAUGGAAGACACUGAGGUGAAUAAUGGUACAGCAAGCAGCAAGGUGUUAGGAAGCAGCAACAGUGGAAAUGGUGGCCUACAGCCUACCAACCUUAACACUGAAUCCAAUGGACCAAAUAACACUAUUAUGAUGAAUACUACUACUACUACUACUAAUGCCACAAUGACCUCUAGUCCACCAAACUCUACCGCCUCACCCCAGCUCAGCGGGGAUUCCUGGGGCUCUAUUGGAGGAGGGAAUGGGGGUCCGCUGGCCAAUGGAAACCCCUCAUCAGCCACCCAGCACCCCCAAGGAGAGCCGGGGGGUCCUGGAGCCUUCGGUACGCCUUGGGGCGCAACUACCUACCCUGGAGACAAGGGCCACCCAAAUGCAGACACUGUGAACCCCCAAAACCCUGCCUUAAUGCAGGCUGGGAACCCCCAAAUCUCCUCUACUGCUGCUUACAAGAGUAAUAAUAACCACAAUAACACUGGGGCCCCACGCUGGGACCAGGGGCCCACCAAUAACCCAAACCAGACCCAGAGUAACUUGUCCUGGGGUAUCGGUUCAAAUCAAAUCCCAGGCUCUGCAGGCCAAACACCAGGAAAUGGCAACCAAACCACGAUUGGCCCUCCAGCAGGGAUGCCUCGCCCCUGGGGGAGCAGUGCGUCAUCCUCUUCCUCGUCCUCAUCAUCCUCUUCCACAUCUAACAACAAGAUGUCAAAUGGAGAAUGGGGAUCAACAGCUCCUGUUAACAACCAUUCAGAUGCUGGAAGUCAUAAAGGAAGCUCUGCCAACAAUGGCUGGAAGAGCCUGGAGGAUGACGCCAUGGGCAUGGGAGGUGGAGGGGGAGGAGGUGGAAGCCAUGGAUUGGGGAGUGUCACUGGAGGCUGGAGUCGCUCUGGAGGAAGUGAAGGAAGCGGCGAGAGCUCCGGAGGCCGAUCCAGCUCAGACAGAGACGGCAGCCAGUCAAAAGGGGGAAACCGCAGAAAAGGUACCCCCCAUGCUGCACCAGUAGUGCUACCUGUGUCCAGGGGCGAUGUGGACCCAAGGGUUCUUUGCAACACUGGAUGGGGACAGACGCCCAUACGCCAGAACACUGCGUGGGAUGUCACUUCUACUACUAACAAUCAGCACCAGGGUCCCAGAGGUGACGAAAGAAAGCAUAGCAGCGGAGGCUCCGGCUGGGGUACAGCAACACCGGCAGCUCCCUCCCAGACCUCUGGAGGUAGGGGUAAAACAUGUUGGGGGGGUGGGCCCGGCAGCUCAGGCCCAGGUACAGGAGGUUCUGGCUGGGGAGAGCGCCCAACCUCUGGGUGGGACAGCAAAGUCCCAACCAACGGAGGUGGUGGGCAGAGUGGCUGGGACAAUGGAUCCAGCUACAAGGGGAGCAACAACACCAGUAACACCUGGAGCAAUAAUGUUAACAAAGACGACCGGUCCAAUACCUGGACUAAUGCACCCAAACCACAGCAGGGUUGGGGUUCCAAUAGUGGAAAUGGAAGUGAAGGCUGGGGUAAUGGUGGAGAUGGUCCCAGACAAGGGCCCAACAACCACUGGGGUGAGACCCAAAAAGGUGCAGGCUCAGUGAGUUGGGACAGUGACAGCGACCGAUCUGGCUCUGGAUGUUGGAGCGAGCCAAGCCGAACCAACACCAGCAGCAGCAACACCUGGGUAGGGAGUGGAGGAUCAAAUACUCCAGACCAGAACACUCCAAACCCAGGUUCCAACUGGGGCGACUCAGUCCACAAACCCAAUCCUCAGAGUAACAGCCAGGGCUGGGGUGAGCCAGUUAAGAACAACCAUGGAGCCCAGAACUGGGGUGAGCCGAAUCCCAAGCCCUCCAACGAGUGGGGAAAAGGUCCUGAAUCCAACACGUCCAGAGACAAUCAAGGCCCUAACAAGCCCACAGGUUGGCUGGGAGGCCCUAUUCCCACAGUAGGUCAGAAGGAGGAAGUGGCAACUGGGUGGGAAGAGCCUUCUCCAGAGUCCAUUCGACGGAGGAGAGAAAUUGAUGAUGGGACAGCAGCUUGGGGAGACCCGGGUAAACCCUCGGCCCACAACAAAAGUAAAUACAGCGGUGGAGCUGCCAACAUGUGGAACAGGACUAGCCAGUCAGACCAGGAGGCCAUGGGCCCAUCCUCUCAGCACCAGUCCCACCCACCACAUAGCUCCAAGCAUCCUCCUCAGCCCAUGCAACCUAUUGCCCAGGACAAAAGCUGCAGUUCUGGUUGGGGCGAGUCUUACUCCCAGCAGAAGGAGUCCUCAACGUGGGGGGAACCUACCACUGCACCACCUGUGACGGUGGACAAUGGGACAUCUGCCUGGGGGAAGCCCAUGGACACCAGCUCCACCUGGGAUGAACCCAGCAGCAGGAGCAGCAGAGAGUCUGGGUCUGGAUGGGGCAGCCAGCACAAAUCUGCUCCAGGUCCCAAACCCAUGGAGACAUGGUGUGGUGAGGAAGGUUCCAUGGGCAAUAGCUGGGACCAGGAAGAGGAGGUGGAGAUCGGCAUGUGGAGCAACAGCCAACAGGACAACCGGUCUCAUGACCAAAACACCUGGAACUACAAGCAUAAAGGCUCCAACAAGAUGAACAAACCAGUCAACAAACAGGAUGAACCCUGGAUGAAACCCUUCAUCAACCAGUUCAACAGCAUGAACUUCUCUAGAGACUCUCCUGACGACUCCAUGAAGACAGGAGCAGGGAUGGUGCAGGACAAGCGUAUGGACAUGGGCAGUAUGGGAGACUUCAAUGGAGUAAUGGGGAAGAACCCUGGGUCUCGACACCAGCUCCACAAGGAGUCUCCCAUGGAUCGCAGCCCUUACUAUGACAAGCUGUCUGUUUCCCCCUCUGCUUACGAUAGCCAAACUUCUGAUGAGCUCUCCUCCAAUCAAAGCAUGAGCUUUUCCCCUUCCAAUUCUGCUCAGCCUAUUCCCUGUCUCAACUCUGGGCCGUCUCCGGCCCACUCUAGUCCUGGGGGCGCUCGGCAGAAUGUAAACCCCAUGAUGGGUGGCAGCAGCGUAGCACAGGGCCGAGGCGGCCCCCAGUCCCAGGCCCCCCCCCAACCCAACCUUCGUAACCAAGUGCCUCCACCCAUCCUGCCCUCUCAGGUCCCUCCAUCCCUGUUGAAGUACCCAGGAGGUAACGGAGGUCUGAACCCUCUGUUUGGCCCUCAGCAGGUAGCCAUGCUCAGCCAGCUCUCCCAGCUCAACCAGCUGUCACAGCUCAGCCAGAUCAACCAGUUACAGCGUCUUCUCCUCCAGCAGCAGCAGCAGCAGCAGCAACAGCAGCAACAGCAGAAGGCUCAGAGCCAGAGAGUCAUGCCUGUGGGACGACCAACUGAACAGACACGUCCUAUUGGUUCGUCACCAUCAAUGAUGCAGCCCCCACGGCACCUGGACCCCUCCCUGCUGAAACAGGCCCCACCCCACAAACCGUACCUGGAUAACUACUUGUCCCACAAUACCCCUGAGAUGCAGAAGGAUGCUGCUUCUCUCGGAUCCUACAACAACUUCCCUUUAAGCUUGAACUCUAACCUGAAUGUAUCCCUGGACAUGGGUGUUGGUGGUGGUAGUGGUGGCGGAGCUGUGAGCUACAAAGAGCCGCCCCAGUCCAAACUGAAGAAACUUUGGGCAACUGACCCUCUGGAGCAGAACAGCAAACCUGGUGCUAUGUCGUCUGGGCUGCGUCUGGAGGACUCUCCCUUCUAUGACUUCCUGUCUCCUGGCCCAUCUCCCCUGAGUCCUCCCGGCCAAUCAAUGGGCUCGGUGGGCGAUGGCUGGCCGCCCCGUGCCAACUCCCCCCCGCCCCAUGGAAACACUGUCACCUGGCCCCCAGAGUUCCGGCCCGGGGAGCCUUGGAAAGGUUACCCCAACAUUGACCCUGAGACUGACCCUUAUGUGACCCCCGGCAGUGUCAUCAACAACCUCUCCAUCAACACCGUCCGCGACACAGACCACCUCAGGGACAGGAACAACGGGCCAUCCUCAUCACUGAACACCACGAUGCCUUCUAACAGUGCCUGGUCAUCCAUUCGUGCCUCCACCCACAGCGGUUCCCUCACCAGUACAGCACAAAGCACUUCAGCCAGACCCAGCGAGUCAAAGUGGUCUCCCAGCGGUGGUUCUGUGUCCAACUCCUCUCUGGCCCAUGAGCUGUGGAAGGUCCCCCUGCCUCCCAAGGCGCUGUCUGUGGCGGCCCCCUCUAGACCACCACCUGGCCUCACCAGCCAGAAGCCCAGCUCUGCCUCCUCCGGCUGGGACGGCUCUGCCCUGAGGCUGGGAGGGUGGGGCUCCUCUGAGUCCAGAUACACACCUGGUUCCAGUUGGGGUGACAGCAGCAGCUCAGGGAGAACCCAAUGGCUUGUUCUGAAGAAUCUCACACCUCAGAUUGACGGCUCUACCCUGAGGACCUUGUGCAUGCAGCACGGCCCUCUGAUCACAUUCCACCUCAACCUGCCGCACGGUAACGCUGUGGUAUGCUACAGCUCGAAGGAUGAGGCCGCCAAGGCCCAGAAGAGCCUGCACAUGUGUGUUUUGGGGAACACUACUAUUCUGGCUGACUUUGCCAGCGAGGAGGAAAUCAACCGUUUCUUUGCACAAGGGCAGUCAUUGGCCACUCCCUCCUCUAGCUGGCAGACCAUCGGCUCCUCUCAGAGCAGAAUGGAUCAGUCUCACCCCUUUCCCAGCCGCGCUCCUGAACCUAACCAGUGGAACAGCAGCGAUCUCCACAGCUCCUCCCUCUGGGGCGGGCCCAACUAUUCCAGUAGCUUGUGGGGGAGCCCCAGUGGCACAGAGGCAGGGAGGAUCAGCAGCCCUUCUCCAAUCAGCUCCUUCCUCCCGGUGGAUCACCUGACAGGGGGAGGGGACUCCAUGUGAACCGCCUGCCAAUCAAACAGGCUGGGGGAAGGGUCAGUAGAGAAUUAUCAAUAAUCAUCAGAAGAAAAUGAAAAAAAAAUAAGUAGUUAUAAACGCAAUGGCACUAGUUGGACUCUUUCUCACUUACAAGAUAUUCAACAAGGGUCUCCCCUGUGGAAAACAAGUUACGUUUCUCUCUCUGCACAUAUGUCCACUUUGUUUUAGCCCAAAAACAUAUCAGUCGGAAUACUUGAAUCAUGCAGGCCAAUUCUAUAAUGUGAACGGAUGGAUAUUUGCUUCCAGGUAGUGCUCUUUCAGACCGAAAAAAGCUUCAAUCGAGCUCAUUAUUAUUAUAUAUAUAUUUUUUGUUUCAUUCGUCAUGUUUAUUUGAAUUCCAAUUAUUUUCAUUUUUAACGUUUUCUUUUUGUUUGUUUUUUUUUUUUUGCAUUUGUUUGCUGACAAUGUUGGAGUAUGAGCUUUUUUAACUUUGCACUGAAUGUGGUUUUUUCUCAGUAUAUAUAAUCUGCAAUAUAGAGGGAGCAGCCAGUUUUUCCAGUGUAGCUGUUUACUCAUUGAGGUCCUUACCGUAUGUGUGUAUGCGUGUGCACGCGCACGUGUGUGUAUGUGUGUGUGGAAGUACUCUGUGUGCGACUGCGUGUGUGAAUGAGUAUGUGUGCGCUCCUCUCUGCCUUGGCACGCCUACCUUACUGCGUUGUCGUGGAGUUCAAGAUCAACAGAUAGUUAAAGAAGAAUAAAAGCUGACUUAGGAGGAUUAUCUGGUGAUAGUAAAAGUGACAUUAAAAAGUAUUGCACCAAUUUUGUUUUAAAACUAAAGAACGUUGAGCUCUGCAGUGCAAAGGACUGUAGCCGCAGCUGGGACUAGCAAGCCCCGCCCACCCUAAUGUAGGGGGCGGGGCCUAUCUAGCAAGCCCUCCCACUAGCCCUCUAGUGGGCAGGGGGGUAACAGCACUUUCAGAAUAGGCUUUCAAUGUUUUGGAGGUGCCACACUGACACCUCUUGUUUACAAGACUUAGGAGGCGGAACGUGUGUUCAUUCUUCAUUUUAAAGAGAAGAUGGAAUAAAAUAGAAAAUACAAAAAAAUAAUAAAACAUUAUAAAAAAACUUUUAAAAAUGUAUAAAACAAACAGAAAAACAACAAAAAAAAUUAAACUCCUAUUGAGGAUGAAGACGAUGCUUUGUAACUCUGGGAAUUCGGAUCAGUGUUUUUGGCCAUGGCGUUGGUUAUUUCAACUAUUCCUCUUUGUCUGCUAAAUAACCAGCAAUGGUUCUCAGGAAAUCAAGCCAGUUUUCCCCCCCUUGUAGGUGAAUUAAAAAAAAAAAACUACUCCUUGUAGGAAAGGAAAAUCCAACUUCUAGCACUGAAAACUAUGUAUAGGUCUGUAAGUUUUUUUUCUCUGCCAAAUAACUGCUUUAAGCUGGAGAAGCUCAACACACUGCUUUCAAUAUGCUGUCUUUUGAGGGAGGUUAGGGGGGGUCCUAAUGUGGGGAGAUGGAGGACGGGCUGUAGAAAUCGCAACGCUCCCUCUCUCCUCCUCUUCCUCCAGUCCUCCACUCCACUGAUGUAAAAAUCAAAAGUGGGGAGUGUUUAUUGUGUGAGUGUGUGACUGUCAGUGGAAAAUGUUCUGUCUUGUCAGACUUAUAAACCAAGAGAAAGGCGAAUCUGUAUCUAUGCAUACUGUAGCCUCUCACAUGGCCUACUGAGAGGCGUUUUCUUUUUUCCCCCCCUUUUUUUUUUCCCGUGUCUCAAAAUGUUUUAAAUGUUUCAUUUAGUACAACAAAAUGCGAAAUAUUACUUGCUUUUUUUAUCACUCUCAUUGCCACAAAUGGUGUUUUGAAAAAAGGAAAGAAGAAAAACUUUAAAAAUCUUGUUUUGGUUGAAGAUACUAUUUUAACAGUGCAAAAGUCGUCCACAUUUCAUUGCCUUGAUCCUAAUUGUGUCCGAAGAUGCAACAACAAGUCAAGUGGCUUCUACCUGUUUACAAAUAGAAUAUGAUUGUAUUGUUGUACUGUUUUGGUUUUGUUUGUUUUUUUUUCUUUUGGGUGGGUAGGGGAGGGGAGGGGAGGGGAGGGGAGGGGGUACUUAUCUGAAGUUCCUGACCUGAUGAAUCGUGUGUGUGUGUGUGUGUGUGUGUGUGUGUGUGUGUGUGUGCGUGUGUUAGGAUGCUCUGUACCGGCAGAUGUGAGUUCUACCGCUGGAGGGGAAGGUUUUUGGGUUGUGGGUGGGAGGGGGGAGGGGGGGCGUGGUUGUGUGUGAGAACAGCGUGAAUGUAAAUCCACCUGUGGUGUUUGUCGACAAAAAUACACACGUGAAUAAUAGAUUCACCUACCUACCAGUGAUUGUUUAGUUACUAUGAUGCACAAUAUCCGGGGAAAGACAAACACUUCAGAGUGUGUGAACGAGAAGUCAGCAUUAGCGAAGCCAUGGACCUUAAUUUCUUUUCUUCAUCGUGUAAUUAUUCUGUGAUAAGCCUGUUGUGUGCGUGUGUGUGCGUGUUUUUCCCCUCCGAUAUAGGUUUUAUCUCAGAAGUACUCGAAUUGUUGGCUUUAGGUGUGUUUUUCAGUUUAGCCGUGAAUAUUUAACAACUUUAAAGCAUACAUAGUGAGACAGAACCUUGAGUAUUAGCCAGACUUGACAGUGGUGUGUGCCAGUAUUGAACUGCUCUCUACCAAAUAAUUCAAAAGAUUAGUUUACUUAAUUCCAGAUCUCUUUGCUUAAACUAUAUAUAUAUAUAUCUUAUUUGUAUUUUUUUUUGUCUUGUUUAACAAAUUGUUAUCGAGUGGAACAUCUGAACCAAUGUUUGUCAUUCGUUUUUUGAGUUAACUUAAUUUGACAAAUUGAACUGAGGAGCCUUGGAUUUUGCACUUGGGUGGAUUAGAUUAAAGGCCGAGCGAGCGGAAAGCAAUGCCCAGACAGACAGACAGACAGACAGCUUGCUGGUGACGACGGUGGCAUAGUUUGGAUUUUCAGCUCUGUCUGAGGGAGAGGGUGCGUCUGAGUAUUGUGACAGGGUAAUGUGUGUGUGUGUGUGUGUGUACAUGUUCUCAUCUGAAGUGAAAGUUUUUGUGUGUGUGUUUGCUGUAGCUUGAGAAGAUGGUGCUUUGUUGCCCCCGGUGAGGGAGGGAGAGAAAAGGAGAGGGGGGAGGGUUGUCGUCCUCUCUCCAGGUUUACCUCUCCCUGUUCACUAGGCCAGUUGCGGUGACGUCGCAGCGCUGCCUGAACUGAGCCAGAAUGUAGCUGAAAACGGUUUAAAAAGUGUAAACGGCGGCCGGCGCCUCGAUCGGCCUUCUCUGGAUUCUGACCGCACGGAAAUAAAUCAAGUAAAGCAAUCACUGCUCAUUGUUUUUUGUAUCUGAAUCAGUAUUCAACUACCAUUCUGACCGCGCCUGGUUGUCACAGCGAUCGUUGGUGGGCGUGGAGAUGCCCGUGUCUGUAGCUUGACUGAAACGAAGCGAUGCUUCUUGU